CAAGUAAUGUCCGAAGAACCAGUCGCAGCUCCUGGAACCAUCUCCCACCCAGUUUACAAACUGAAACGCAACUGGACCUGGUGGUAUCUGAACGACGAGCGCAACAAAUCGUGGGAGGAGCGUCUCAAGAACGUGAAAACCUUUAGCAGCGUCGGAGAGUUCUGGGCACUUCACGACUCUAUUAAGCCGCCAAGUGGGCUCAAUCCACCAUCAGAUUAUAAUGUUUUCAGAGAUGGAAUUGAGCCAAUGUGGGAGGUGCCACAAAAUCAGAAUGGAGGAAGAUGGCUUAUCACUAUCGAGAAAGGACGCACUCCGGAAAUCAUGGACACUAUCUGGACCGAAAUUCUUAUGGCGAUGAUCGGAGAGCAGUUUUCCGACGAUAUCGAAAGUCUGUGCGGAAUUGUCUGCAACGUCCGUGGAAAGGGCUCAAAAAUCUCAGUUUGGACUACAAACAGUGCUGAUGACGGGGCAAAUCUGAGAAUUGGAGGCGUCUUGAAGCAAGUGCUCAACAAUGCAAGCAUGAUCCAUCAGAGACCACUCUACGACGUUCUCCGUUAUGAGGAUCAUGAGAGUUGCCAGAAGAAGACGAGCUCAGGAGUCAAAGCGAAGCACGCCAUUUACGCGGUGGAGCCACGCGAGGAGAAAGCCCCAGUUCCAGUCUCAACCGAGACUCCUGCCACACCAGCCACUUAAAUUUCUUUUUGAUGCGUUAUUUUUAUUAACAUAUAUCUUGUUUUUUUUUAAAUCCUAAUGCGUAUUCACGUCGUAUUUUAACAUGUUCUUCACUUGUUGAAAUGUUUUUAUUUGGUUGGCUUGCGGAAAUGAACGAAUGUUU